AUGCCACCCUCAACCCGCCCCCCAGCCCGCCCCUCCCGCCCCUCCCACCGCUCCACCCUCUCCCUCCAAAAAACCGAAAUCACUAUCCAUGUCUACGACCUCUUACCCCCGGGAAAACUCUCCAACACCCUCUGGGCCCUGGGAACCUCCCUCCUCCACUCAGGCGUCGUCCUCAACAACAAAGAAUACGCCUACGGCGGUCACGACCGCCCCGGCCUCACAGGCGUCUACUGGACCAAACCCCUCACCCUGCCCCCCGGGGGAACCUUUCGCACCGAGAUCCUCCACGGUUUCACCCUGGCCACCGAAGCCGAGAUUGACUCCAUCAUCCGGAGGGCGUCGGAGGAGUUUUUGGGCACGUCGUAUAAUUUGCUGACCAAGAAUUGUAACCAUUUCACGAGUUAUCUGUGCGAGAAGUUGACGGGGAGGCCGGGGCCGGGGUGGUUGAACAGGGCGGCGAAUAUUGGGGUUGCGCUGCCUUGUGUUGUGCCGAGGGAGUGGAUUGAGGCGCCGGAUUUUGAGACGCAUAAUAGAGGUGGUGGUGGGGGGGGUUUGUUGGAGGGGGAGGAGAGUGGGGAUGAGUACUAUGGAGAGGGGAGUAGGAUGCUGAGGGGGAGUGAUGAGGUGCCUAGGUUGGUUGGGCAGGAGGGGAGGAGGGAGGAGGAGGAACAUGGGAUUACGGUUACCAAGGGGAAGGGGAAGGCGAGGGAUGAGGAGGGGAGGGUUUUGCCUAGGGCGGAGAGGGCUCCUACUUCUUGA